AUGCCGCGGGGCCAUAAGAGUAAGCUCCGUGCCCGCGAGAAACGCCGCCAGGCCCGAAGUGGAUCGCAGGGUCUUGAGGGUGCUCAGGCUGCCGCAACAGAGGUUGAAGAGUCCACCUCCUCUCCUGUUUCUGGGGCUGCUCCCCUGAGCUCCUCUGCUGCUGGCACUUCCCAGGAGCCUCAAAAAGGCCAAGCCACCGCCAAGCCUGCUGGGCGUGUUUCACGGCGAAGAUCUAAGGCAGGUGCCAAGAGCCAGGUUAAGGAAAGUAAAAAUUCGUCCCAGGCCUCAACUUCUGCUGAGAAAGUUCAAAACGAUCCUCUAACCAGGAAGGUGGGGAUGCUGAUGGAAUUCCUGCUAGAGAAGCAUAACAUGAAAGAGCCCAUUAUGAGGGCAAGUAUGCUGAAGAUUGUCACCAGAAGGUUUAAGGAGCACUUCCCUGAGAUUCUCAAGAGAGCUUCUGAGCACUUGGAGCUGGUGUUUGGCCUCGAGUUAAAGGAAGUCAAGCCCAACGGUCUCGCCUACACCCUCGUCAGCAUCCUAGAUACCACCGGUGACGGCAGUGUGAGCAUUGGCUCUGGCUUACCUAGGAGCGGGCUGCUCAUUCCUCUCUUGGGUGUCAUCUUCUUGAGUGGCAAUCAAGCCUCUGAAGAAGACGUCUGGGAAUUCCUGAAUAUCUUGGGCGUCUAUGAUGGAAGGAACCAUUCAAUCUUCGGGGAUCCCAGGAAGCUCAUCACCCAAGAUUUGGUGCAGGAAAAGUACCUGGAGUACCGCCAGGUGCCCGACAGCAAUCCUCCACGCUAUGAGUUCCUGUGGGGCCAGAGAGCCCAUGCUGAAACCAGCAAGAUGAAGAUCCUCGAGUUUUUGGCCAAGGUCCACGACACCGUCCCCAGUGCCUUCCCAUACCAUUAUGCAGAGGCUCUGCGAGAUGAGGAAGAGAGAGCCCGAGUCCGGGCCGCAUCUGGCCGCUCUGCUCCUCCUUAG